GUUAGUCUGGAAGCUCUCCCCUUCCAACCACAUUUCAUCUCUCUGGCCUACCCCAAACUUUCCCCCUUAUCAACAAACGCUCUGGUGCUUUCCAUUACUGCAUUUUCUUUCCCCCUUAAUUAUUCCUUCUUUGAAUUUGAAGAGGAGUGAUCUUCCACACCGAUAUCCUUCAGUGUUGUCAAUCUUUAGCCCUGCCCUAUCAUUGGUUGCUUCCCAGUAUGCCUCUGGAAGCCCGUGUGAAAUCUGUCCUGUCAGGCGACACGGUCGUGCUGUCGCAUAUCACCAAUCCAGGACAGGAACGCACUCUUAGUUUGGCAUAUGUUUCAGCGCCCAGGUUGCGCAGAGAAGGCGAUGAGUCCUACGCUUUUCAAUCCCGCGAAUUCCUUCGCGAGUUGCUCGUAGGAAAGGUCGUCCAAUUCAAUGUCUUAUAUACCAUUCCGACCGGUGCCAGGCGGGACUACGGCACAAUCAAACUUCCCACCUUCGAAGUUUUGCUGCCCGAUAUUAGCGUUCAAGAAGGAUGGGUUCGUGUCCGUGAAGAGGCCGGUAAACGCGCUGAUGAGUCCGAAGAAACCGUCGCAUUGCUAGAGCGCCUGCGUGCUUUGGAGGAUCAUGCUCAGUCCGAGGGCAAGGGCGUAUGGGCUGGAGCAGAGAAGGGCCGCACCGAAACGACCUACGAACUCUCUGACGGAAAAUCCCUGGUUGAGGAAUAUAAAAACAAGCACCUAGAGGCUAUCGUUGAGAGGGUGCUGAAUGGGGAUCGACUUGUCCUUCGCCUGCUGCUUACUCCCCAGGAACACCUGCAGGUUGUGGUUGCAGUCGCCGGUGUCCGGGCGCCAUCUGCCCGACGGGUGAAUGCUGAGGGUAAGGAGCAGCCGGCCGACCCUUUUGGGGAUGAGGCACAUCAGUUUGUUGAAUCGCGGUUACAACAGCGUAAGGUCCAAGUGUCUCUGGUGGGUGUCACGCCACAGGGUCAAUUGAUCGCAACCGUCCUUCACCCCAACGGCAACAUUGCUAAGUUCCUUUUGGAAGAGGGUCUGGCCCGUUGCCACGACCUCCACGCUCCUCUCCUUGGUGCCGAUAUGGCUACUUUCCGUCGUGCGGAGAAGGUCGCCAAGGAUGCCAGAAAGGGCCUGUUCACCGGUCUUGUCGCUCCGAAGGGUCCUGCUGGCGGGGCCCUCGACCAAGACUAUAUCGUUAGUCGGGUGCUCAACGCCGACACCUUGUUCCUCAGGAACAAGGCUGGUCAGGAAAAGAAGAUCAGCCUGAGCAGUAUCCGCCAGCCUAAACCUUCUGACCCCAAGCAGGCACCCUUCGCCGCUGAUGCGAAGGAGUUCGUGCGUAAGAAGGUCAUCGGAAAGCACGUCAAGGUUUCUAUCAAUGGCAAGAAGCCUGCCAACGAGGGAUACGAGGAAAGGGAUGUUGCCACUGUCAUUCAUGGAAAUACCAACAUUGCUUUGGCCCUAGUCGAGGCUGGAUACGCCUCGGUGAUCCGUCACCGCCAGGAUGAUGACGACCGGUCCCCCGACUACGAUUCUUUACUGAUUGCUGAGGCUGAUGCCCAGAAGGAUGGUAAGGGAAUGUGGUCCCCGAAGCCACCUAAGGUGAAGCAGUACCAGGAUUACUCGGAGAGUGUCCAGAAGGCCAAGAUGGAAGUUUCCAUUCUCCAGCGGCAGAAGCGCGUGCCCGCUAUCGUAGACUUCGUCAAGUCGGGAUCUCGCUUUACUGUGCUUGUGCCUCGGGAGAACGCUAAGCUGACUCUCGUCCUGUCCGGUAUUCGCGCGCCUCGGUCAGCCCGUAAUCCCGGCGAAGCAUCCGAGCCUUUUGGACAGGAGGCACACGACCUAGCCAACAGGCGUUGCAUGCAGCGUGAUGUUGAGAUUGAUGUGGAGACCAUCGAUAAGGUUGGUGGCUUCAUUGGCACGCUCUACGUCAAUAAGGAGAAUUUCACCAAGGUCCUUCUCGAGGAAGGUUUUGCUACCGUUCAUGCUUAUUCUGCGGAGCAGUCCGGACACGCUACCGAAUACUUUGCAGCAGAGCAGAAGGCCAAGGAGGCUCGCAAGGGGCUCUGGCAUGACUGGGAUCCUAGCAAAGAUGUUGUAGAGGAGGAAGUGGAGGCUGCUGAUUCUAACGGAGCUGACGAGGCUUCCCAGCGCCGCAAGGACUACCGUGAUGUCAUGGUCACCUAUGUUGACCCCAGCAACGGACGCCUGAAGGUUCAGCAGAUUGGCACUGGCACAUCUGCGCUCACCGAAUUGAUGAAUGCAUUCCGCUCAUUCCACUUGAACAAGGCUAAUGACACACCGCUGCCUGGGCCCCCUAAGGCCGGUGACUUUGUUGCCGCUAAGUUCACUGAGGAUAACGAAUGGUACCGCGCCAAGGUGCGUCGUAAUGACCGUGAGAAACAGCAGGCCGAGGUUGUCUAUAUCGAUUUCGGUAACGCCGAGGUUCUUCCCUGGUCCCGUCUCAGGCCUUUGAGUCAGCCUCAGUUCUCCGUGCAGAAACUUCGUGCCCAGGCUGCAGACGCUACUCUCUCUCUGGUUCAGCUCCCUGGCUCGGGAGACUACCUGCAAGAUGCCGCCAGCUUUUUGGAGGAGCAGCUUUACAACCGUGAGCUUGUCGCCAACGUCGACUAUGUUUCUCCAGAGGGGAUCCUGCACGUCACUUUGAUGGAUCCUUCAGAGUCCAAGAACCUUGACCACAGCAUCAAUGCUGAUCUCGUCCGGGAGGGACUUGCCAUGGUGCCUAGAAAGCUGAAGGCUUGGGAACGGUCUGCCACUGAGACACUGUCGCAUCUGCGUAGCCAGGAAGAUGAGGCGAAGCAGGAAAGACGUGGUAUGUGGGAGUACGGUGACCUUACCGAGGAUUAGAAGCUUUUCAAGUUAUGAAGGAAAAGCAUUAUGUGUAUAAAUAUUUGCAGGUAAAUUUACAAUGAUUCACAAGGAUACGGGCUGUGUGUUAUGGAAUUUUUCUUUUCUUCCGGGCCAUUUUACGGAAUCCUUUAGCAUAGUCUAGGAUGUACCGGGUCUUUCGAAUGUUGAAUACCAAAAGUUGUUACAGGAAUGGAGUUGACAUCCGUGAUGCAUAGUUAUGCAUCCUGACAUAAGCGGAAUUAAGUAAUGCCCGACGCGAACUGCAGUCCAAAACUUACUUUUACUGUAC